CGGGGAUUCACGAUGUGACACGAAGGUGACCGACAGGAGGGAGACAUGGAUGAGAAGAACUUUGCAGUAGUGUCAUUUCUGUCACACGCGGAUGCUGACGGCUUCUCACCCUGUUUCCGCCGAUACCGCCAGCUCCAAAUCUUCAAGCGAGGCCUCCCAAGAACCAAAUCAAUAAGUAGAGUGAAAAUGCAGUGGGGGAAGACUCUGUGUUUGGUGAUGACUGAUGAACCGGCCUUCCGUCCACCAAUCCUCACCCACUCACCCAGCCAUCCAACUGCCAGUCACUUCCAAGAUGAUGCUUUCUCUCAAGCUACCAUUGGGCUUGCAGUGAAGGAUGGUGAUCAGUCAGCCACCACGCAUAUUGGCAAUAUCGAGAAGCACUCGCUCUCGUGGGAACGCGUCUAA